GAGUAUGAAGUUUUAUAUAGCUAUAUUCAGGAAGAUACACCACUUUGAAAUUACAAGAACUUCAAAAUCUCGCGAGAGUCUUCAGCAUGGACAUUUUCAGAAAACUCGGAGCCGGGGCUAAAUUCGAUUUUCAACGAUUUCGCCAAGAUGCACAAAAGUUAAAAAUUAUCAAGACCGACACAAGUCAUAAUACCAAGUCAUUAGAUUUCUUUGGUACGAACCAGAAUGAAUCUGCACCAGAACCAUCAAGCGUUGAAAAAGUAUCUCCUACUACACAAAAUGAAACAGUUAAGGAGCCUGGCAAGAAAAGAAAAAGAAAACUAGAUGAUGAGAUUGAAGAUGAUUCAAAUGAAGAAUCAGAAUCAGAUGGAGAAUACACAGAGCUUCAGCUACUUGGGAGUUUACGAUCUGACAUAAAAGGCGACAAAUCAAAUGUAAAACGAAAGAAAAAAAAGAAGAAAGUAUCAGCGAGUAAACUUAAAGAGCAGCAUCAAGAAAAAAUUAAUCAUUUCCGGAACCAGCACAAGAUCAAUGUUUACGGAACAGACAUCCCAGAUCCAGUAGAAAGCUUCCAGCAGUUGUGUGACGAGCAUGUAUUCAGUAGUAAAAUCAUAGAGAAUAUUUCUGAGUCUGGUUACAAGGCUCCUACACCUAUACAGAUGCAAGCUGUGCCUGUCAUGUUAGCCGGUAGGGAUAUUAUGGCAUGUGCCCCUACUGGCUCAGGGAAAACAGCUGCCUUUUUGUUGCCAAUAUUACAUCAACUGAAAGGACCUAGGAAACUUGGCUUCAGAGCUUUAGUGCUUGCUCCAACAAGGGAAUUAGCCCAGCAGACCUACAGAGAGUGUCUCAGACUGUCAGAGGGACUUGGAUUCCGAGUGCAUAUCAUUGAAAAAGCAGAAACAGCCAGAAAAAAAUUUGGACGCAAGACUUCCCAAAAAUUUGAUAUUUUAAUUACCACCCCAAACAGACUAGUGUAUCUCAUACAACAAGAGCCUCCAGUUAUCUCUCUGAAAAACAUCGAGUGGUUGGUGAUUGAUGAAUCUGAUAAGUUAUUUGAAGAAGGAAAGUUGGGCUUCAGAGAACAGUUGGGUGCUAUUUAUAAAGCUUGUGAUGGCCCAAGUGUGCGUCGUGCAAUGUUUUCUGCAACAUUUGCGCAUGACGUUGAAGAGUGGUGCAAACUUCACUUGGACAAUGUUGUACAAGUCUACAUUGGUGCAAGAAACUCAGCCCAGAAUACAAUACAGCAAGAACUUGUGUUUUGUGGUAGUGAAUCUGGUAAAUUGUAUGCCUUCCGGAACAUCAUUCAAAAGGGUUUUGAGCCACCAGUUCUGGUGUUUGUCCAGUCCAAAGAGAGAGCGAAAGAAUUGUUUCAUGAAUUGAUAUAUGAUGGUGUUAAUGUGGAUGUCAUUCAUGCUGAUCGGACACAGAAACAGAGAGACAAUGUUGUAAAGAGCUUUAGAUCAGGCCACAUAUGGGUGUUAAUAUGUACAGAGCUAAUGGGACGUGGGAUAGACUUCAAGGGUGUAAAUCUUGUCAUCAAUUAUGAUUUUCCUAAUAGCGCAGUUGGCUACAUACAUAGAAUAGGAAGAACUGGUAGGGCUGGCAGGUCAGGAAGAGCAGUUACUUUCUUCACAGAAAAUGAUUCAGUUUUGCUCAGAAGUAUAGCAAAUGUGAUGAAAGAGGCGGGAUGUCCAGUGCCUGAGUACAUGUUAAAAAUUAAUAAACCUAAUAAGAAACAGAAAAGGCAGAUGAGUCAGACGAAUCCAGACAGAAAGACCAUUCGCACAGUGCUGAAAGAAGAAAUAAUGAAGUCAAGGCUAAAGAGGCAGAACAUGAAUAAAAGAAAAUUCAAGGAGAGGCAACAGUCACAGAAAACAAAGACAUCUCAGACUUGACACCUAAGAGAGCUGACAUCAUUAAAGACAGUAACAUCUCAAACCUGACACCUGCAAUGAGGAACACCAAGCAGAGCUGACAUUAACAAUAUUGAAUACUGGAAUAGUAGAUAUGGAGAUAUGACAUUGAUAUAAUUUUGAACUAUUCCAGACAUUUUACAUCAAUGUGCUCUGAAAUCAUUUUCAACGGAGUGGCAGUUGCAGUCGUAAUAUGUUCAUGGUUCUUAAACCAGGCUUGUCAUUGGUCAUGUAUGAACCAUAAAUAAAA